ACGGGCAUGGGUUGGGAAACAACGAAGCUCCAGAAAAAGACAAAGCCAAAGAAAAAAAAAUCUCCGUCUCAGAAACUUAUCAACAACCAAGAAAUCUAUCUUGUAUCCUUGCUUCACACAUCAUUAUUGAUGCAUUGAAGGCUCUACCACGGCUCGUUGUGCCCUCUCGGCAUCUAACCUAUGGUGGAUUGUCUAGCAUAUCUAAUAUCUAUUAUCUAUUACCUCUAACAAGUAUUUUGACGAAGCUUCUUUUCUUCCUUUCCUAGUCCGGAGCCCAGACUCCGACCUACGUAAUCGUAUGCGACGAUGAGGUUCUCAAUCCUCUCCGUCGGCCUCCUGGCCGUCCUCACACCGCUGACUUCGGCGUGGACGAAAGAAGACCGCGAGAUCUUCCGCCUCCGCGACGAACUUGCCCAAUAUGAGGGUCCCGACGUAACCUUCUACGACUUUCUCGGCGUGACCUCCCGCGCGACCCAAGACGAGAUCAACAAGGCGUACCGGAAGAAAUCACGAUCCCUACACCCCGACAAAGUCAAGCAGCAGCUGACCGCCGAGCGCGCCCGACAAGCCGCCAAGUCCGGCAAAGGGGGGUCCAAGGGCAAGAAGCCCGGCGUAAAAGUAACCAAACCGCCCACGCCGUCCGAGAUCAAAGCCGCCGUCAAGCUGGCCGGAGACCGGCAAGCACGCCUCUCCAUCAUCGCCAACAUCCUGCGGGGCAGCGGCCGCGCCCGCUACGACCACUUCAUGGCGAACGGGUUCCCGACGUGGAAGGGCACCGAGUACUACUACAGCCGGUACCGGCCGGGCCUCGGCACCGUGCUCUUCGGCGUGCUGCUCGUCGGCGGCGGCGGCUUCCACUACCUCGCCCUGUACAUGAGCUGGAAGCGGCAGCGCGAGUUCGUCGAGCGGUACAUCAAGUUCGCGCGGCAGGCCGCCUGGGGCGAGAACUUGGGAAUUCCCGGCGUCGAGACCGCGCCUGUGACGGCGCCGCCCCCGCCGCCACCCGCCGGCGACGAUGAUCAGGGCCCCCCGAUGGCGAUGAAUCGCAAGCAGCGCCGCAUGCAGGAGCGGGAGACCCGUAAGGAGUCCGCUAAGGAGGGCAGACGCCAGCCCCGUGGUAGAGCCCGCCCCGGACAGCAAGCUAGCGGGAGUGCAACGCCGGUGCCGCAGAACCAAGGAUCCGGUCCCAGUGGUGCGAAGAAGCGUGUCGUGGCCGAGAAUGGCAAGGUCUUGGUUGUGGACUCGCUUGGUGAUGUAUAUCUUGAGCAAGCGGACGCCGAUGGAAAUGUGGAGGAAUUCCUUCUUGACCUCAACGAAUUUCCUAAGCCUACAAUCCGUGACACCGCACUCUUUAAGCUCCCGAAAUGGGCCUAUGCCGCAACCAUCGGAAAGGUGCUCUCCCCCAAAUCCGCCGACAACCUAGACGAGCAAGUAGACUCGGACCUGGACCUCGAAGUCCACGAGACCGAAGCCCCCGUCGACGACGACUCCUCUUCUUCCUCGCCGGCCCAGCGAACGCCGUCCACCGACUCGGCCGAGGACUUCGAGCUGCUGGAGAAGAGCGUCGAGGAGCUCCCCAGCAACAAGCAGAAGACGGCGACGACGGGGAGCCAGGCGCAGCAGCAGAAGGCCAAGAAGAGGAACAAGAAGAGGUAGGACCUGAGGGAUCUCGGGCCAAAUGGAAAGAAGUUAAAAAAUAGACGAGAUAGGGGGAGUCUUGGGAGUGUCUUUUUUGAGUCCUUGAAGGAAGGGGUUAGGGGCGUAAUGUGACGUUCCCUCCCGCCGACGGGCUCCGUGGUUUCCGUAGUUUGCAGCAUAGAAAUAAAAUGAGUUCGUCAAA